AUGAUGAUGUCCCUGAGCAGCAAGCAGCCCUUCGGCCUCCCUCACGGCGGCAGCGGCGGCGGCAGCGGCGGCCUCCACGAAACCAAGUACUCGGCCCUGCACACCGCCUCGCCCUGCCCCUCCGCCGGCGCCGCCGCCCCCGCCGCCAGCUCCCCCAGCAGCACCGGCACCGGCGGCUCCGCCGGACGCGGCUCCGGCUCCGGUCCUGGCUCCGGCUCCGGCAGCGGCGGCUCCGGCUCGGGCUCCGGCCCCGGCGGCGGCGCGGAGGCGAUGCGGCGGGCCUGCCUGCCCGCCCCUCCGAGCAAUAUAUUCGGCGGUCUGGACGAGAGCCUGCUGGCCCGCGCCGAAGCCCUGGCAGCGGUGGACAUCGUCUCCCCGAGCAAGAGCCACCACCACCACCACCCGCCGCACCACAGCCCCUUCAAGCCGGACGCCACUUACCACACCAUGAACACCAUCCCCUGCACCUCGGCCGCCUCCUCCUCCUCGGUGCCCAUCUCCCACCCGUCCGCCCUGUCGGGCACCCACCACCACCAUCACCACCAUCACCACCAUCACCACCAGCCCCACCAGGCGCUGGAGGGGGAACUCUUGGAGCACCUGACGCCGGGGCUGGCUUUGGGGGCUAUGGCAGCCCCCGACGGCGCCGUGGUCUCCACGCCGGGCCACGCUCCCCACAUGGCCGGCAUGAACCCCAUGCACCCGGCGGCGCUGGGCAUGGCCCACGCCCACGGGCUGCCGGCCCACAUGGGCUGCAUGAGCGAUGUGGACGCCGACCCCCGCGACUUGGAGGCCUUCGCCGAGCGCUUCAAGCAGCGCCGCAUCAAGCUGGGGGUGACCCAGGCCGACGUGGGCUCGGCGCUGGCCAACCUGAAGAUCCCGGGGGUGGGCUCCCUCAGCCAGAGCACGAUCUGCCGCUUCGAGUCCCUGACCCUCUCCCACAACAACAUGAUCGCCCUCAAGCCCAUCCUGCAGGCCUGGCUGGAGGAGGCCGAGAAGUCCCACCGCGAGAAGCUGGCCAAGCCCGAGCUCUUCAGCGGCGCGGAGAAGAAACGCAAGCGGACCUCCAUCGCCGCCCCCGAGAAGCGCUCGCUGGAGGCCUACUUCGCCCUCCAACCCCGGCCCUCCUCCGAGAAGAUCGCCGCCAUCGCCGAGAAGCUGGACCUAAAGAAGAACGUGGUCCGCGUCUGGUUCUGCAACCAGCGCCAGAAGCAGAAGCGCAUGAAGUACUCGGCCGGCAUCUGA